UCAUAGUCAACGUCUAUGUCGUCGUCUGUGGCGCCGCGCCGCCACUACGCAUCACCAUUAAGCACAUGGACGACAUGGUUAAGCAUGGAAAUCUACCCCAAUUUUUAAAACCAAGGAAAACCAACCACAACAUGGAACACAAACAACGACUUCGACUACGGACGACGAUAAGCUCCAAAAAGAAUGUCAGCAGCAGGCAUCCCUUAGUUUUGUACCGACUCCCGGCCGGAUAGAACACAAUACUAGCUCUAAAAGCCAAGUCCUGCGUCGUUGUGCGGCGUCGUACUUUCUUUGAACUUUUUUCAAACUUCCCUUCACAUUAAUCCUUGUCUUUAAACUUACUACCACACCAUCACAACACACUUUAUCUUCGUUCUUUUCGAAGAAAACAAAAAAAAAAAAAUAUCAAAAAACUCUCGUCAAAAAACGGAUACGGAAACGUGCGUGACUUGCAUUCCUUAUAAAGUGAAACUUUUGCUACCCCCAAAUCAUCGUUGUAUAGUGCAUUGCAACACUUCUGCAGCUUUACAUAAUUUAUCAACUUGUCUUCUUUGCUCUUUGGAAUUUGUUACUUCCUUUUUUUUGUGUCUUCUUUUACUAUUUGCAUUCAAAAAGGUCACUGACUGGAGCACAAAAGUGCAUUAGGUGAAGAAAUCAACAAAAGGGUAAGGCUAACCCCUUUUUUUUUGUUAAAAGAAAAUCGAAGCUUAUUUCGUCGUAGAAAUUUAUUCGUAAAGUUAUCUUAUCUUUUGGAUACGAUUUUUGUAUCGUUGUCUGAUAGUUUGACGAUUUGUCAAUCUGUCUGGAAGAAAUUCCUCGACAAACUGCGAUUCUAGUCAACGAUAGUUUGUAGUGACACAAAUACCCUAUUAAAGUGAGGGUGGUUGGUGUUUUUUUUUUUUUUUCUACAUCGAACUACUAUAAAACUAUAUACGAAUAUCGGUUGGCGGUGAUGUAAUAGCUGCUGGAAACAUAGUUCGCUUCGGUUGUUUUUUUUUUUUCGGUACCAAUUAAACGAAUACGUAGUAUAUUAAAAUCGUGAGUCCAAUUGACCCCGUAUCCGAACUUUAAUUCCAGAAGUUUGUCUGUUUCGAACGAAUUAAGGAGGGUAAAUUUAAUUCUCCGUGUGCACAUUUUGAACAAAGAAUUUUUUAUUUAUCUUAUGUGUCAUUUGGUGAUAGUCGAGACAAAGCUUAGUUUAGUGAGAAUUGAAUAAAAAAAAAAAACAAAACAAAAAACAAGUGUAAAUGUGGUGAAAAAUUGGGUGUUUUAGUGAAUAACCCUUUUCUCUUGAUUACAAUCAUUCACCCUCCAAAAAAAAAAAGGGUUUAACUUUUCACCAAAUUUGAAGCUUUAAAAUGAGCAACAGAUCCAUAGCUAGUGAAAUAAGAGAUCUCCGGACGGCAUUCGAUUUGUUGGACAGAAAUCGAGAUGGACGUGUGACAGCGAAUGAACUUCAAUUUAUGUUAAAAAAUCUCGGCAUCAAUGUGAGAGAUGAACUCAUCGAUGACUUAAUUAAGGAAGCUAGUCACACAGGCAAUGGGUUAAUAGAUGAAACGGAGUUCCUGCAAUGGGUCGGUCGAAUUCAAGCUCUCCGCGAUGAAACAGAGGAGAGCACGAGUAAAACAGAUGAAUUGGAUGAUGUGACAGAGGAUUUAAUAGCUGCAUUUAGGGUGUUUGACCGAGAUGGCAAUGGUUUCAUAACACAAGACGAACUACAGACCGCCAUGGAAAUGAUUGGUGAGUCCCUGACUGAAGCCCAAUUAUCACAACUGCUUGCCAUUGCUGAUCUAGACAAAGAUGGCAAAAUCAAUUAUGAAGAGUUCACGAGAUUACUUUUGUAAGGAGCAUCCAUACUCAACUAAAUAACCUUAAACAAACAGCAACAACAAACAAAACAAAAAAAAAUAUUAUGCUAACCACCUUAUAAACAAUAAAAGCAACAAACCGACAAAAAAUAAAGCUGAUUUCAUAUAAAACAAAAAA